CAGUAGAGCUCUAUUUUACUCUUAACCACAUCCUAUUCCCAUUCUCUCUCUUCUCUGCUAGUCUCACCGGUCACUCUCUCCCCCAAAUCGAAACCCUAGCGAAGCCAAGCCGGCCACGAUGAACCAUUACCACAUCUACCAAGCCAUUGGCCGGGGCAAAUACUCGACCGUGUACAAAGGGAGGAAGAAGAAGACGAUCGAGUACUACGCGAUUAAGAGCGUCGAUAAGUCGCAGAAGAGCAAGGUUCUUCAAGAAGUUAGGAAUCUCCACUCAAUGGAUCACCCCAAUGUACUCAAAUUUUAUUCCUGGUAUGAAACCUCCGCUCACCUGUGGUUAGUUUUGGAGUACUGUGUUGGAGGAGAUCUGAUGGCCUUAUUACGACAGGAUAGUCAACUACCUGAAGAUUCAAUUCAUGAUGUCGCCCGCGACCUUGUCAAAGCUUUGCAGUUUUUACAUUCCAAGGGAAUUAUCUACUGCGAUUUAAAGCCAUCAAACAUCCUGUUGGAUGAAAAUGGACGUACAAAGCUAUGUGAUUUUGGGUUGGCUAGAAAAUUGAGUGAUAUAUCAAAAACUCCGUCGUCAUCGUUGCCACAAGCAAAACGUGGAACGCCAUUUUACAUGGCUCCUGAGCUGUUUGAUGAUGGGGGUGUCCAUUCUUAUGCAUCUGAUUUCUGGGCCCUUGGUUGCGUACUUUAUGAGUGUUAUGCAGGGAGGCCUCCCUUUGUGGAAAAAGAAUUUACUCAACUAGUAAAAUCCAUCCUCUCAGAUCCAAUUCCACCUCUCCCGGGUAAUCCAAGCCGUCCUUUUGUCAAUCUAAUCAAUUCUUUGCUGGUAAAAAAUCCAGCUGAAAGAAUUCAAUGGCCAGAGCUUUGUGAACAUGCUUUUUGGAGAAGUAAAUUCACUUCAGUGCCUCUACCUCCUCAGCCUGCUUUCGAUAAUAUGAUAGAACUAUAUGCUAAACCAUGUCUUUCAGAACGUAAUGGUGAUAAAUCUCAUCAAAACAAGACCCCUCCAAAGUAUCGUGAAAAAGAUGUAAAAGGGGCUCCGAAGCAGGAUGAGAAUUCUAUCUUUGGAUCAAGAGGCUCUGAGACACCAGUCAAAGGUACACCAAGUGGCCGUAGAACUCAAACCAAGGCUUCUGGCAGAGUAGUUGAGGAGAAACAGAAAGAUCGUCCUAGUGCUACCAGAGGCGCGAACCUUUUAAGACUUUCAAGAAUAGCAAAGUCAAACUUACAGAGGGAGAAUGAGAAGGAAAACUACAGGAGGCCCUUGCCUAAUAGCUCUGAGAAUGAUGCUGAAGUCAAAAUUGAGAACACUGAUAUGGAACUUGAUUUCAAUGAGAAUACUGAAGAUGAGGCACAAGAUGAAUCUGAUAAUGGAACUUGUAUGCCUGAAGACAAGUUGUCAAGUCAAGAUCAGCAUCAGGGGAAAGUGGAAGAGAUUGAAAGUAACACACAGCAGUUUGAUACUCCAUCUGUUGUUAAUAUUCCUGCCUCAGAUGAACCAAAAGCACUUGAUCAAGACUCAUCUUCAGAGCAUAUUGAAGUGGCUGCUCUCCCUCCCAGUGUCAGUCCUCAACUUAAAAGCCAGAGAGUUAAGGAAGGUUCAGGAUCAGUCAUUGACUAUGAUUCUACAAAAUCGUCUAAUAACAUUUCCCAGGUUCUUUGGCAUCCAUCUGAUCUCUCAGUCAGACCUGUAAUGCCAAGCAGAAAGGCUGAUAAACUGUCGGAGGUGAUUCCUUCACUUCCCUUUGAGGCCCUGCAAGCAUCUGAUUUUGUGAAGAUGCCUAAAGAAAAAUUGGAUGCCAUGAAUAAUAAGAUUAUAGCCAUUUUAAAUGGAAACAUUAGCGUUGGGGAGAAGCAGAAUGUGAUUAGAUACCUUGAGAUGCUGAGCAGUAAUGCUGAUACAGCCAAUAUCUUGACCAAUGGGCCAAUAAUGCUCAUGCUUGUUAAAAUGGUCCGACAAUCCAAGGCUUUUGCUUUGCGUGUUCAACUUACGUCACUGAUUGGCUUGCUGAUACGGCAUUCGACUUUUAUCGAAGACGAUUUGGCAAAUUCUGGAAUUUUAGGUUCACUUACUGAUGGCCUUAGAGACAAGCAGGAAAAGGUGAGGAGGUUUUCUAUGGCUGCUUUAGGUGAGUUGCUAUUCUAUAUAUCAACUCAAAAUGAUCAUAAUAGAGACAACAAUCCACCAGAAUCUCCAUCGAAGGACAACAAGUCUACAUCUGGCUGGCAGGUUUCAAAUUCAUUGAUUUCAUUGGUGUCAUCAAUUUUACGAAAAGGUGAGGAUGAUAUAACUCAACUUUAUGCAUUGAGGACAAUUGAGAACAUUUCCGGUCAAGGAGGGCACUGGGCAGCUCGUUUCACCAGCCAGGAUGUGAUUCGUAAUCUCAUCUAUAUAUAUAGGGCUGCAGGGAAACAGGAGAACACAAGACUCACAGCAGGAUCAUGUUUGGUCCGCCUGGUUCGUUUCAGUCCUCCCAGCAUUCAAUCAGUUAUAGAGAAGCUUUCCUCUAAGGACGUAGCAUCUGUCCUUGUCAAGGGCAGUCCACGUGAGCAGCAAAUCAGCUUAAACCUUUUAAACAUGGCCAUUCUUGGAAGCCAUAUGUUCACCAAUAUUGGUCGGUAUCUUCUACCACUGGUGGAGGACAAGAACCUUGUACCAAGCCUUGUGUCUCUCAUUGAGCAGGGAAGUGAAGUUUUGAAGGGAAAGGCACUUGUAUUCGUGGCUCUCCUUUGUAAAAAUGGUAGGAGAUGGCUGCCACACUUUUUGUGCAAUGCUAGGUUACUUUCCACGGUGGACAGACUAGCAAAAGAGAAGGACAACUUUGUGCAGCAGUGUUUAGAUGCAUUUGUGAAUGUUGUGGCAUCCACUAUACCUGGUUUAGUGGAUACCAUAACUGGAGAUAUUCAACAAAUGAUGGGAGGAAGGCGGCAUGGGCAUAUCUCUGCCCUUAGCAGUCGAGCUGCUCCAAAGUCUAAUGUUCAUAUGUUUCCUGUUGUUCUUCAUCUACUUGGGAGCUCAUCUUUUAAGCGCAAGGUGGUGAGCCAUCAGGUCCUGCAGCAGUUGGCAAAUUUGGUCAAACUGGUGGAGACCCCAUUUCAGGGCAGGGAUGACUUCCAAAUAACCCUUCUACGAGUUCUCGAGUCUGUGACAGAAGAGUCCGCUGCAAUUCUUGAAAACCCCAUCAUUUUUAUUCGUGAAAUUCUCCCCAGCUUGGCUGUUCUGUAUAAGGGAAACAAGGAUGGUGAUGCCAGAUUUUUGUGCCUGAAACUUUUGUAUGAUGUAAUGGUCAGUUUUCUGAAUGAACCAUUCGACAAUGAUCAAAGAUCAGAGGAUUUGAAGUCCAUAUCUAAUACACAUUUCCUCCCUCUUUACCCCACCUUGAUCGAAGAUGAAGAUCCCAUUCCGAUGUAUGCACAGAAGCUUCUUGUGAUGUUCAUUGAGUUCAACUACAUUAAAAUUUCAGACAUUCUACAUUUGAAGACAAUCUCACAAUGCUUUGAGUUUUUGCUCGGUGAUCUCUCCAGUGCAAAUGUAAGCAACGUUAAGUUGUGUUUGGCUCUCGCAUCUGCUCCUGAAAUGGAAUCCAAGUUACUUUCUCAACUGAAAGUAGUCAGAAGGAUUGGAAACUUCUUGGAAUUUGCAUAUGCAAAGGAUAUGGAAGAUUUUCUUGAACCAACUCUUGGCCUGUGUAGGGCUUUUCUCCUACGUUCCAUCAAUGGUAGAAAAGGGUUCAUCUACUCAAAAGAACCAGAUCUCUUAAGUGAUAGUUCUGCUGAGACAAGCAGUGCAGUUGAUCAGCAGCAAUGCAUAAGAGACAUAAUGGACUUUGGUAGCAAUGUAGGUGUGUUGCUAGAGUUAAGUGGGUACAAUGAAGCAAAUGUUGUAGAUAUAGCUUCUGAAUGUAUGGUAUUGUUGCUUAAGGCAGCUCCGAGGGAAGCCACCACUGGUCUUCUGACUAAUCUCCCAAAGGUCAGUGCGAUUCUUGAGUCCUGGCGCAGGGGCAUCUCUCACUUACUUGUGCUGCGCAUGCUGCAUGCUCUUGGUUAUUCUUGUAGGCAAUAUCUGUCACAAGCGAUGAUAUUGUCAAUAUCUGUACCUGAGAUUUCAAGGACUGAAGCUAUUGUUUCUGAGCUUAAAAGCUCAGGUGUACCUGGUUUAGCUAAUGCUGCUUUGCUUGUGGCACUGGAGUUGCAGCGGCUGCCUCGAUGCAUUUGAGGUACAGUGAGCUUUUUGGGUUUUCAGGAAAUUAAGAAUAUGUUUCCUGAACCCAGACGAGGAGUCAAUGACCCUAGUGCUAAGGUCAGUUAAAAUUUUCUGCAUAAUAUUGGUAUACAGCAGGCUCUUUCUGGCCUACCAUUGUAUGAUUUACGUAUCUUCCUUGACAUUUUAAAUUGGAUAUUCUUUUUCUAUAAUUUUCUUAAUAUCGAUUUAAUCAAA